AAAAACAUAAUAAUCAAAGCCAAACUGAACAACAUUAUUGUAUAAGCAAAUCGUUUCAAAAUGGCUAUGACUAAGAAUGCCUUCGAAUCGGGAUCCACUUGUCCACCGCUAAAAGACGAUAUUUUAAGGAUUUAUAGUAUGAGAUAUUGUCCGUUUGCUCAUCGUACAAGACUUGUACUCCACCACAAAAACAUACCAUUUGAAAUCGUCAACAUCCAUCUUAAAAAGAAGCCCGAUUGGUAUUUAGAGAAGAAUCCUUUCGGCACCGUACCAACUUUAGAGCAAGGAGAUAAGAUUGUAUAUGAAAGUAAUAUCUGUAAUGUUUAUCUAGAUGAAGCUUACCCUGGUGAAAAACUCAUUUCAACUGAUCCUUAUCAAAAAGCUCGUGAUCAGAUUCUUAUAGACACGUUUGGAAGGAUAAGUGGUAUAUUUUUCAAAGUGGUUGCCUCGGGAGAAAAUAAGGAGGACCUGUUUAAAGAAUUGAAAAGAUACGAACAAGCGUUAAAAGAAAGAGGAAAUUAUUUUGGAGGAAAUAAACCAAAUAUGGUUGACUAUACAAUCUGGCCACUAUUUGAAAGAUUUGUUUUACUGGAAAACCGAGGACAUAAACUAGACCCAAGUGAAUUUCCCUGUCUGACAGCUUAUAUCAAAAGAAUGAAAGAAGUACCAGCUGUUAAAGCUGCCAUGAUGGAUGACCAAUCUCAUGAAGGAUUUAUGAAAUCUUAUUUAUCCGAUCCAGUACCUAAUUAUGAUUAUGGAUUGUAAACUUAUCUUUACUAACUUCUCAAAAUAAAUCUCAUCUUUGAAUUCGUUAUCUAGAAGCAUUUUUAAGAGUAAUUUCACGGGAUUUUAUGAUAUGAUGCCCAAUGCCAAUUAAUGGAGACUUGCUUUUUAUUUCUUACUGUGUUGAGAUUAAUGUCUAGAUUGUUUCAGAAUGACUGUUAUAGUUGUUGUAUCUAAUAAAUAAAAUUCUAUAUUUCU